AGUAAAUUUUAGUCGAUAAAACGCUACGUUUGAAAACGGUCGAUUUCAAUACACAUUGAAAAUAAAGUAAAAAAUAAUUAAAGAAAGAAAGAAAAAAAAAACAAGUGGAAUUGGAGAAAUUAGAUUUUUUAUUAAAGAAAGAAAAUAAAAGAGAAUUUUAUUUUAGUAUAGAUUUUGUAAGACCAAAGAAAAACAAAACCCGCUAAAUGUUUAUUUUAUAGAAGAUUUUUUUCAUUAAAAAAAUAAACCCCAAUAAAAAUAAAGAAAAAUUAUUAAAUAGACGUAAUAAGUGAAAUUAAAAACGAAAAAAAUUAAUAAUUUAUAAAGAAAAAUUAAAGAAUAAAGAAAAAUUGAUUGAUUGAAAAGUGUGGCAAAUACAAAUACUCCCACCCUUAAAGAUUUUAUACACUGAAAAGAAUUAAUUAAAAAAAGGCAAUCAAAUAUAGUUAAACCACCGUUUGUUUUUGUAAACUAGGGACUUAAAAGUCCAAAAAACCGAGUGUUAAACCUAUUUAGAAAAAAACAAAAAACCACAAAGUUCUUCCCCUAGAUUAUGACAAUGGUUGAAGGUAUGACUACUAUAGAUUUGGGCACUAGUCCCAUGCAAGAAACAACCAGAGAUAUUGGCGAUAUAAUGCCCGAUGAACUUAUGGAAUCACCAGAAGAAAGAUAUGAACGCCUGUUGCAUCGUGCUCAAAUCGAGGAUUUGAACGAAGUUUCGGGCAUUGGUUGUCUUUAUCAAAGUGGUGUCGAUCGUUUGGGUAGACCUGUUAUUGUAUUUUGUGGUAAAUGGUUUCCAGCCCAUAAUCUUGAUUUGGAAAAAGCCUUAUUAUAUUUAAUAAAAUUAUUGGAUCCCAUCGUAAAAGGAGACUACGUCAUUGCUUACUUCCAUACUUUAACUAGUACCAAUAAUUAUCCAUCAUUACAUUGGUUACGUGAAGUAUACAGUGUAUUGCCUUACAAAUACAAGAAGAAUCUUAAAGCCUUUUAUAUUGUACAUCCAACAUUCUGGACUAAGAUGAUGACUUGGUGGUUUACCACCUUCAUGGCACCGGCCAUCAAAGCCAAAGUACACUCAUUGCCUGGUGUGGAGCAUUUAUAUUCAGCAAUAUCAAAAGAUCAAUUAGAAAUUCCUGCAUAUAUCACCGAAUACGAUAUGGCCACAAAUGGACUACAUUAUUUUACACCACAACCACAAUUGACACCAUCAUAGACUACAAUCAUACGACCAGAGGCUGUAUAAAAAUAUUAGGCCAGACACGUUAAGUCGACCGCCAAUCAUACACGUUCAGUCACUCACUCACACAGUCUGUCUGUCUGUUAGUCUAGAAAGUAGUGAAAAAGUAGAAUUUAUUAAUAAAAUAAAAAUACAUACAACUAUUAAGUAAUUAAAGAACAAACAAAAUAGCCCAUCAAUAUUUAAACAUUAGUAGUUAAAUACAAAAAAAAUUUAAUUAAAAUGAAAGAAAACUUUCAAGCUAAAAAGUACUUACGAGAAUUAUAAAAUAAAAAAU